AUGGAGGCGUACAUGAUGUGGAAUACAUGUGAAGGAACAGAGGCAAACCAGGCAGGACAGCUGCAGUGUUGUAUUGGCAAGGACUUCGUCCAAAUGUUGAGUCACCGUGAUCUGGGCCGAAUGUACAGCCUUGUGUCGAAGAUUCAGGACGGCCUCGGCGAGCUGCGCAACCUGCUCGAGUCACACAUCUUCUCACAGGGCCUGACCGCCAUUGAGAAGUGCGGCGAAGCGGCGCUGAACGAUCCCAAGAUGUAUGUGAGCACAAUUCUGGAUGUGCACAAGAAAUACAAUGCCCUCGUCCUGUCUGCCUUCAACAAUGACGCCGGGUUUGUCGCUGCCCUAGACAAGGCUUGUGGUAAAUUCAUUAACAACAAUGCGGUGACGAAGAUGGCCAAUUUGUCCAGCAAGUCACCGGAGUUGUUGGCACGGUACUGUGAUAUUCUUCUGAAGAAGAGUUCGAAGAAUCCAGAAGAAGCAGAAUUGGAAGAUACAUUAAAUCAAGUGAUGAUCGUGUUCAAGUACAUCGAAGACAAAGACGUGUUCCAGUUUUACAGCAAGAUGCUUGACAAGCGGCUGGUGCAGCACAUGUCAGCCAGCGACGAUGCCGAAGCCAGCAUGAUCUCCAAACUGAAGGGAUCAAGUUGA